GGGCUUUUUGGCCACGUGAUUCCAUUUCGCGCGGAAUUCGGGCUGCAUCCGGCGCUGUGAGCAGGAAAGGGGGAGCGGUGAAGAAAAGCGGCAGAGAUGGCGGAUUCUUCAGAGUCCAAUGUAGCAACCAGCCCUGCGCACAGCUCUCGUAGGGGAGAAGCCUUCACUUCUAGUCCCGGGAGAGAUCUGCCCCCCUUUGAGGAUGAAUCUGAAGGACUCUUGGGAACAGAGCAGCUCCCUGAUGAAGAAGAAGAAGAUGGAGAAGAGCUGUUUGGAGAAGGGAUGGAAAGGGACUACCGCCCUAUUCCAGAGCUUGAUCGCUACGUACCUGAAGGCCUGGCCACGGAUGAUGAAGAUGUGGAGGAACUGACUGCCAGCCAAAGGGAAGCAGCAGAGAGAGCAAUGCGGCAGAGGGACCGUGAGAUGGGCCGUGGUCCUGGUCGCAUGCACGUUGGUAUACUUUAUGAUAGCGAUGAUGAAGAUGAGGACCGUCCUUUGCGGAAGAGGCGCCUGGCUGAGCGAGCUGCUGAUGGCGAGGAUGAAGAUGAAGACAUGAUUGAGAGCAUUGAGAACCUGGAAGACAUGAAAGGGCACUCUGUGAGGGAGUGGGUGUCUAUGGUAGCACCUCGGCUUGAGAUCUACCACCGCUUCAAGAACUUCCUGAAGACUCAUGUGGAUGACCAUGGCCACAAUGUCUUUAAGGAGAGGAUCAGUGACAUGUGCAAAGAGAACAGAGAGAGCCUGGUGGUGAAUUAUGAAGAUUUGGCUGCUCGGGAGCACGUCCUUGCCUAUUUCCUUCCAGAAGCCCCAGCGGAAAUGUUGAAGAUCUUUGAUGAAGCGGCCAAGGAAGUGGUGCUAGCUAUGUACCCCAAAUAUGACCGGAUUGCCAAGGAAAUCCACGUCCGCAUCUCCCAUUUGCCUCUGGUGGAGGAGUUAAGAUCACUCAGGCAGCUGCACUUGAACCAGCUGAUCCGGACGAGUGGAGUUGUGACGAGCUGCACAGGGGUCCUGCCCCAGCUCAGCCUGGUCAAAUACAACUGCACCAAGUGUAGCUUCAUCCUAGGGCCUUUUGCACAGUCCCAGAACCAGGAAGUAAAGCCAGGUUCCUGCCCAGAGUGUCAGUCUGUGGGUCCCUUUGAAAUUAACAUGGAAGAGACGGUCUACCAGAACUACCAGCGCAUCAAAAUCCAGGAGAGCCCAGGGAAAGUGGCAGCGGGCAGGCUCCCUCGCUCCAAGGAUGCCAUCUUGCUUGCCGACCUAGUUGACAGCUGCAAGCCAGGAGACGAGAUUGAGCUAACUGGAAUAUACCACAAUAAUUAUGACGGAUCUUUGAACACUGCCAAUGGGUUUCCCGUCUUUGCGACAGUGAUCCUGGCUAAUCACAUUGCCAAGAAGGACAAUAAGGUGGCUGUUGGGGAGCUCACAGAUGAGGACAUGAAGGUCAUCGUAGGCCUGUCCAAGGAUGAGCAGAUUGGAGAGAAAAUCUUUGCCAGCAUUGCUCCUUCUAUCUAUGGACACGAAGACAUCAAAAGGGGCCUGGCUCUAGCCCUGUUUGGAGGAGAACCUAAAAAUCCAGGAGGGAAACAUAAGGUCCGUGGUGACAUCAACGUCUUGCUUUGCGGAGAUCCUGGAACGGCCAAGUCUCAGUUCCUCAAAUAUGUGGAGAAAGCGUCCAGCAGAGCCAUCUUCACCACUGGCCAGGGAGCUUCCGCUGUUGGUCUGACUGCUUACGUGCAGAGGCACCCCGUGAGCAAGGAGUGGACCCUUGAGGCAGGAGCCCUUGUGCUGGCAGACAGGGGGGUUUGCUUGAUAGAUGAAUUUGACAAGAUGACUGAUCAGGACAGGACCAGCAUCCAUGAAGCCAUGGAGCAGCAGAGCAUCUCCAUCUCCAAGGCUGGCAUUGUCACAUCUCUGCAAGCUCGCUGCACCAUCAUUGCUGCUGCCAACCCCAUAGGUGGGCGCUAUGACCCUUCCUUGACUUUCUCAGAAAACGUGGAUCUGACUGAGCCCAUCAUAUCUCGGUUUGAUAUCCUCUGUGUGGUCAGGGACACAGUGGAUCCUGUACAGGACGAGAUGCUGGCUCGGUUUGUUGUCAGCAGUCACAUCAAACAUCACCCCAACAGCAAGGACGUUGCGAACGGAGACUCCCAAGAGAUUGUCCUCCCAAACACUUACGGCGUAGAACCCAUCCCACAGGAGAUCCUGAAGAAGUACAUUAUUUAUGCCAAGGAAAAAGUCCACCCAAAACUCAACCAGAUGGACCAGGACAAAGUUGCCAGGAUGUACAGUGAACUCAGGAAAGAAUCCAUGGCGACCGGAAGCAUCCCCAUCACCGUGCGUCACAUUGAGUCCAUGAUCCGGAUGGCCGAGGCCCACGCCCGCAUGCACCUGCGGGACUACGUAGUGGAGGACGAUGUCAACAUGGCCAUCCGGGUGAUGCUGGAGAGCUUCAUUGACACGCAGAAAUUCAGUGUCAUGAGGAGCAUGCGGAAGACUUUCUCCAGGUACCUCGCCUUCAGGCGAGAUAACAACGAGCUCUUGCUGUUCAUUUUGAAGCAGUUGGUGUCGGAACAGACAAUGUACCAGAGGAAUCGCUACGGGGCUCAGCAAGAUACCAUUGAGGUGCCAGAGAAAGAUUUAGUUGAUAAGGCUCGCCAGAUCAACAUCCACAACCUUUCUGCCUUCUACGACAGCGAAUUGUUCAAGAUGAACAGGUUCAGCCGCGACGUGAAGCGGAAACUGAUUGUGCAGGCAUUCUGAGGCCAGCAAAUUCCUGAGUGGCUCCGGAUAAUAAGAAUUUAGAACUGUGCUUCCUCCAGUGGUGCAGUGGUACACAGGCUGUUGCAAAGCAGUAUCACUGGGAAGAUCUGGAUUGUCUGCUACGAAGGGCUUGUGCGUAGAAUAGAAUGGAGCCAAAUACUCAAACUCCUGAGCUUAAUUGUAGCUGAGCUUGCUGGAUGAAAUGUUCCGGGAAUGGUUUCCUGCUGCCGCUAAGUUUUUGAAAUUUGACUCAACUUGGGCAGGUUUUUCUUCAAAUUACCUUCCUAGAUUGAUUAAGCUUUAUCGGGUAGGGGUUGGGCACCCAGUGACCAGGCACUGUUGAAUUCUAGCUCCCAUAGUCCCUGACCAUUAGCCGUGUUAUCAGGGCUGAUGGGAAUUGGAAGGCUACAUUGGGAGAGCCACAAGCUAGCCACCUUGGUUGCAAGGUUCUGCCCUUCUGUAACUGGGAAUGACUUUGUUUAGGCUAUCCAAACAAGCAGAGGGAAUGUUAAGCGCAAGUUGUACUCCAUCUCUCUCCAUUUAUAAUACAGUCCAAAGCUGAGCGCACAAACUUCACACCUGGAAGAAAUGUUUCUGCACAUGAAGAUGGCUCAUUAAUGUUCCACAAGGUAGUGGUGUGUAGACCCCUCUUCAGGCACAUGAAAACAAACAGGCAAAGCAUUUUCCCUCUUGAUUUGAACGUAUAGAUAACGUUCAUAAGUCUGUCAUUGAAUUAACAGUUCCUGUUCUAUUGUAUGUAUGAAAAGCUCAAGUGGUGUGUUCAGAGACAGAUUUAAACUAGAACUUCUCUUCAGACUACAAUGUAUCUUGAAGUACUUCUUUCCUAUUUUGUAAGGCUGCUAUGCACUUGUCUAGCAGGAGGCAGGUUUUAUGAAGUUUAUUUUGAAAUGGAAAAUAAAAGGUUUUUGCUUCUGUAAGAGAAUAUUAAAUUCCUAAGUCCUUGUGCAUCAA